AAUAAUUUAAUUUUGUGGUUGUUGUUGCGGGUAACGAGGAUCGACGUGUCGCAAAAUGUUAUCUAAGAUAGCCAAUUCGUUUCACAACCACAACCGCCAUAGAUCCAUCCGAUAUAUAGAAAAACUCGCAACAAAAAGAAAAAUGUCUUGCCUUACAUCGUCAAGUUUCUCCACUCCAACGUCCUCAAGUUUACCUCUCAAUAUUGGUGCUAGUGCUCCCUCCGAUUCUCCCAUCGAUAGUUUUAUAACGGACAUCAUUUCGGCUGUGAAUAUAGAAGACGGUUCGCUAUGCGGGAAUUGCGAAGAGGGCGCUUCCGCAUUUUCAAAAUGCAUGGAUUGUAGCGAAUUGUUAUGUGAUACCUGCGUUCGCGCCCAUCAACGGGUCCGCCUCACCAAAGACCAUCGCAUAUCGAAAUUCGGCAGCGCCGCCAUCACGCCGCCUCACACCACCAACGGCGGAUCGUUGGAAACCUCUUCACAGGUCAGCACGAGCCCGUGCAACAAUACCAUCGGCAACAUGUGUGAUAGCCAUCGCGAGCCCAACAGGAUAUUUUGCCAGACGUGCUCGGUCCCGACCUGCACCGAAUGCCUUUUGGAGGACCAUUGCGGCCACCAGGCCACCUACAUCGAAGACGCCAUCCAAACGGCCAAGAUCAACAAUCAGAAAUUGAUCAACGAGACGCGCACCGCCAUCGUGGCGGUCCGGGAAGCCGUCGAUAACGUGCAGUGUAUGUCGGAGAACGUCGAAUUGAGGUGCAUCCAAGCCGCCACCGACGUUCGAACCGUUAUGAGAAGGUGUAUAGCGGCAUUGGAAGAGCGCGAAGUCGAGUUGCUGAAGCGCAUCGAUCAAACGCGCCAGAUCAAAGGCAAGUUGCUGUUGUCCCAGUUGGAGAACCUACGCGUGGCCCUGUCGAAAUUGUCGUACACGUCGGAUUUGCUCAGCGAGACCAUCGACAUGACGAACACGUUCGAAUUGAUAACGAUCAACGAGAAGGCCACCAACGAAUUGAAGCAAAUCCGCGCCCUCCGACCGGAGCUCGUGCCGUGCGAAGACGACGGUAUAAUGUUCCUGCCGCCCGACAACGGUUUCCUGCGUGCAAUAUCCUCCAUCGGCAAUCUAACUCUAAGCUCGUCGCUUAUGUCUUCGAGAGUGGUACGGGCUCCGGUCGUGAAGGAUCCGCAGCUGUUCGUGAAGUUGCCGCGCUGCGACAACAAAGAGGACCAGCUGAGGAACCGGCCCAUCUACGGGGUGAAGCACGUCGUGGCCAAAGACACGGGGCCGCUGCCGUCGCUGGCGUUCGGCACCGAAGGCGAGGGCGACGGCCAGCUGUGCAGACCGUGGGGCGUUUGCUGCGACCACGUCGGCAACAUCAUAGUGGCCGAUCGGAGCAACAAUCGCAUCCAGAUAUUCAACAGUUGCGGCAAGUUUUUGUACAAAUUCGGCGUGCAGGGCACCGGUCCCGGCCAAUUCGAUCGGCCCGCCGGCGUGGCCGUCAACCACCAAGGUCACGUCGUCGUGGCCGACAAGGACAACCAUCGAAUACAAGUGUUCAAAUUGGACGGGACGUUUGUGCUGACCUUCGGCGAGAAAGGUACUCGCAACGGGCAAUUCAACUAUCCCUGGGACGUGGCGUGCAAUUCGCUCGGCCACAUCGUGGUGUCCGAUACGCGCAACCAUCGGAUCCAAUUGUUCACCAACGACGGCACGUUCUUGAACAAAUACGGCUUCGAGGGCUCGUCGACGAUGUGGAAGCACUUCGAUUCGCCGCGCGGCGUCUGCUUCACGCCCAAAGGCCACGUCAUCGUGACGGACUUCAACAAUCACCGGCUGGUGAUCGUCGACCAGCACUUCCUGCAGGCGCAGUUCCUCGGCCAGGAGGGCUCCAGUUUCAAGCAGUUCCUGCGGCCGCAGGGCGUCGUCUGCGACGACGAGGGCAACAUCGUGGUGGCGGAUUCGCGCAACAAUCGCAUCCAGGUGUUCGAGAGCAACGGCAACUUUCUGUGGAAGGUGGGCCAGCCGGGCAAGGGGCACGGCGAGCUCGACCGUCCCAGCGGCAUCUGUUUGAGCCCCGAAGGUCGGAUCAUCGUCGUGGAUUUCGGUAAUAAUCGGGUACAAGUUUUUUAGAGCGAUAUUUUUUUAUGGCUAGGCCAAUAUUGUUUUCUGUAGUUAGUAAUAAGAUUAUAUAUAUACAUAUAACUGCUAAUGCAUUUAUUCAAUGUUUUUUAUUCGUUUAUUUUGUAGAUGAAAAUUGGGAGUAACUUUGGGCGUUACUCGCCGUUUGUUUGAUAGAUAUCUACUACAUAUUUUGUCAUUUCUAAACUGUUUUUUUUUGUUAAAAAAUUUGCUUAUUUUGUGCAAAAGUGAUUGAUCUAGGAAGUUUUUUUCCCGGAGACUAAACAUUGAUAAUUACCCCGAAUAAGUCUGUUUUAUUGAGGUGCUUACCUAGUGAUUUACAUAUACAUAUGUAUUACUUUUUGUGACGAUUAACAAAUUUAUUGUACCUACAUACUUUGGUUUUGUUAAAACUAAUUUGCGCUUAUUGUAUUUUUUUUUAUUAUUUUCCAACAACUGUUUUUAUUUGGACGUAUACCGGACUGUUUAGCACGCUCUACUAGCAUUUACAUUGUGCCAUAAUCACUUUGAUUCGGAUUUCCGAUAUUGUUUCGUGUUAAACCGACUUGUAUAAAAAAUCUUAAUUUUUAAGGAUAUUUGUGAGAAAUCGUGACUUCUCAAAAACACGCGUGAUUACAUGUAAUGAUUAAAAAAAAUAUUUUUUUUCGCUAAAAUCAAAAUACGAAUAUUGGGGUCACAGUGACUUAAAAAUGCAAUUUUUUGUGUGAACGGAAUAAUUUCCGCUACUUCCUAUUUGAAUUGAAUCGACUCGAGGAGAAAAACCGCUGGGUUGUUUGCGAAGCAGUUGAAACUUCAGUCAGAAAUAUAUUUAAGUAUCUAAUAUAUUGAUGUUUUUUGUAAUAUACGAAUCGAUUACGGGUAUUUUAAAUGAAUUGAUAUAGCUGUGUGUUCCUGCAAAAACUCCGAAACCUUCUGAACUUGUGUAUACGCUUAGUAAUUACAUUUCGGCGUUUUUGUCGGAGCAGCCCUUAUAAAAUUAUUGCUAAAGAUGAUGCUAUUGAGUUAAUUACUUAGCUAAUAAUAAUAAUAAAUAGACUGAUAUUGUAAGUAAAAGACUGAAACUGAAUCUCAGGUAUUGUGGAUAAUCAAGUCACUUUUUCAUGAAGUUGUACCAAUUGAUACAUGUUGACAGUUUAUAAAUAUUCAUAUCAAUGUUGGCAACGCUUCAACUGCAUCAAGUUGAAAAUAAAAAAGUGGCAAAUUAUCUGCGAAAAGUAAUAAUCACUGAAUUUUUUUUAAAUAAUUUUAUAUAAUAUAUAGAAUAGUUACCAUUUUGCAAUAUUUAAUGGCAAUGACUUAAGAGACUGAUUGCACUCUUUAAGACUGAUAUUAGUAAAAUCAUAGAAAUUAGUAUUUAGAUAAAUUUUUUAUUCCUAUGGAUGCUGUGUUUUUGGCAUUUAAUGUCACAAUAAUUGCCAACUUAACAGGCCAAUUGAGACCGGAACGCGGCCUUUAAUGGAUGAAGGACUGAAUCGGAAAAAGAAACUUCGAUUGUAAUUUUUUUGACUACCGAGCCUGUUUCAUAUUGUAUUUUAAAAAUAUGAAUAUGAGUAUAAUGUUUUCUUUGCAUAGAUACUUCUGAUGUCUGACUGAAAAAUUACUUUCGUUAUUCUAUGGCAAAACCAAUUAUGAUUGUAUCGAAUAUUUUU